GCUUAGAACGGACGUGUAAAGGUUUAAAGCGACGAACGUGGCGUGCAAGUGUACCAACCGUUUUGCAUUUGGCCACUGAGUGUUUUUCGUGCUCUCUACCGCGCGCACGGCGUUGUAUUGUGUGGCUGCUGGGGGCCACUUUUCUUCCUUGAAGUGUUUGCUGAAGCUUUCGAGGUGCCCCGGCCAAAUGCGCUUUGCAGCGUCUUAACGUCGAAGCUGGCUUGCCGAAAGCAGUAAGUGCCGCGUGUGAGUGUGCGUAGCCAAAGGUACACAGUGAACUUUACAGUUGCAAGAAUCACGCGAGUCAGUGUCACACUAGAAAUUCGGUAAACCAUACAGUGAAGAAGAAGAACUCACCUCACCGAUAGUGACGCGAGUGAAUUAGUAAGGCUGGUAAUCUAACUGACGAAGUACAAGUAAUGGAAAUGUUGUGAUUUGAAACCUCUUGCCAUUAGCCGCUGAAGUUUGGUUUAUCCUCGGCGGUCUGCAAAGAAAAAGUGAAGAUAAAACGAAAUCUUUUCCUAUUGAAAACUGAUCGUUCGGUGUGCGAGAGAGUAAAUUAUUUAUUUAAUAUAAUUUAAGAAGUGUUUGUGGUUCGCGCUGACUGGGGAAGAAACGGAGCGUUUCGAUGUGACUCUUUGCAUCAGCCCUUGCCCCCCAAGUCCGACCGGACAAUAGAGACGCGCUGGUACGUGAUAGAAUCUAUUAACUAAUUGGAAGAAGAAGAAAAAGAAGUUGAAAACAUAAAUACAAACGAAGACAGGAAUAGCAGAACGACGGCGCGGACGGGAUCAGGUCAUAGUAAGUGCCUCUAUCAACCACCAUGUCGUCAACGAUGCCCGUGGUUUGGUGCACCGAUCCGAACUCGUCGGAGAAACGGCAAGCUUUCGCACUCCAGGGAAUCCAGCUGCAGGGCAACAUCACCGAGAAGCAUGUGCUGGCGAUGAAAGAGCUCAUCAGUGCCGCAUCCGAAGGUCGUUUACUGUUGCCCAGUGAUGGGGCCAUUGUCCUGCUAGACUGUGGGCUCAGCAUCGGGUCGAUGGUUAUUGAGGGCAAGGCCGGCCGAGAGGUAACCAAGAGUAUUGGUGGAAGUAAUCAUAAAUCAAUUCUCCCGGCCCUGCCCGAAGGAACGACCGAUGUCAGUAAUUGCACCGCAAAAGCAGCCUUGCAGGAGGAAAGUAAUAACACUAAGGGGGAAGAUAUUGACGAAAUAGUUGAAAACGUCGUUGAUGGGAGGGUGAGUGCCGAAGAGGAUGGCGCAUUUCUAACUGAGUUAACCUUAGGUGAGAGCAAACCACCCGAUCUAUACGGUACUACCGUCGCCGGUGGUACCGCCGAAGGCGGAGAGGAGCUGUACGAAUUUCUCUGCUGUGCCAAAUGUAUGAACGAUCCAUCGUCCAGUUGUUUUAAUCCACCCAGUCAUCGUAGUCGUAGUUUAAGUUCGCUUAAUAAUAAAUCACAGCUGUUGUCCCGGUUCCUAAAUGGUCGGGCUAAAGCGCGGCUGUACUGUGAUCCGUUGUACAACAUCUCCAAUCGCUACUUCAAAAGAUUGGUCAAUCACAAAGGCUGCAAGUCUCGAACCGAAUCCCGUCGGUAUGUGGUACGAAAGAGUUCUAUCCGCAGCGAUCGAUCUGCCCGGGGCAAAGUGGUGAAGAAAAGUAGUGAAAAUAUUCCCAUUUAUGCAACGAUUAACAAGAAAAUGAAAUUGAAAUCCCGACUCGAGGCCUUGCGGCGUCAGAACAUUGACGCUAGCGUUCUGGCGUUACAAAUUGCACUCGACAGCCAGCAGCUGAUCAAGGGUAGAACGAAUCAAGUCACAGACUUAGAGCCAUCAUCACAAAUUAUCAAUCAAUCAUGUUCAUCGUCACCCGUCAUCGGGCCGUUGCAAUCAAAGCCAUACAAUAAUUCCAGUAGGAAAACUAGUUUCGAUUCGACCUGCACCGUCAGUUCCAUGGAUUCUGGCUUUAUCGAUCAACAGCAGCGACAACAGCUGAAACAACUUCAACUUCAACAACAACAGCAGCAGCAGCAGCAGCAGCAGCAACAACAACAGCAGAAAAAGAAAAAGAGCAAAUCCCGCGGUGUUGUGGAUCAACCAUUAACUGUUAGAUCAAGUCCCUGCUUCUCCGAUGAUAGAAACCUACACAAAGCAGAAGACCCAGGGGUGGUGAAUGCUGAAACCGGUACGGCUACAGCUGCGGACGAGAAUCGCUUCAAUGAGCUCUCCAAGGUACAGAUAAAGGAGUGCCUGGUGACACAAUCGCGAAACCGUAGGAAAUCGUAUGAGGAAUUCAAAUCACUUUUUCGACAGCAACAGCAGCAGCAAACUGAAUGCCGAAGCCGUUUGUCUGUGGUAAACGAAAAAACAGCCAUCGGUUCUGGCGUGGACGGCCCAGACGCCAAUAUUAGUAGUAACCUUAGCAUGAAAGCGCGACGAAAAUCUUACGAAGAAUUCAAAGCUUUAGUCAAAAUUUGUGAUAGUAGCGUUAGUAACUUAAAGCCAACAUCGGAGGAAGAGGAAGAAGACGACGAGGAGGGAGGCGGCAAGCAUCUGCAGCAACCCCACACGAUCCACUCGACAGGAGUUGGGGGGUUAUUUAAAAUGAAGCGCAAAAACUCGCGUCGCCUCAGUCUGAAGAAAGCGAAAAUGAACGAUAAGUCUGACCAGCAGCGGACUCUGGAUGCUAAAUCCAGCCCGACAGUGAUUAGCAAUAGCGUUAGUAAAAUUAGCGAAUCUAAUAGUCUUGUUAAAGGUAGCACAAUCUAUGACAUUCUGCGAAGUAACCGCGGCAAACGCGACGACAACAAAUCGUCCACAGUAUCCCUUGGCAAAGGACUGUCGCCGUUUUUAACCGACGAAAUAUAUCGGAAGAACUAUAAAAUUUAUGACAAACUUAUCUCCUACGGAAGCAAAGCGUACAAAAAGUACGACAAAUACAUGACAUAUGGAACGAUUUAUGAAAUUCUCCACCGCAAAUCUGACGCCGCAGAGGAUGUUUUCCUGCGAAAGCGGGCGUUAUCGGAAAAAUUCGCGAAACGAAAAGUCAGCGUUAACUCCCAGUACAGUUCACUAAAGUUCGGUACUAUUUACGACAUCUUGCAGAGCAAGCAAAAUGGCCCGUUUGAACCCGUAACCGGUGAUCAAGCCACCACCGACACUGCGAAAGAAAUCGAACCGGCCAGUAAUUCAAACACUCUCUCCACCAUCUACGACAUCAUCCACAAGAAGUCCGAUUCUCCUAAACAACAGGUAAAGAAUCGUUUUUUGGUAAAGAAAAUCACCGAAGAAGAACUACACAAAGGCAACGAAAACAACCGCAACGAAAUAAACACGGUUCUGGAGGGUGGAAAAACACAACACAGCCCACCUUCACCCGACUACAUGACCCCAAAAUCGCUGGAUGCGACGAAAAAACCCUCUCGCGCCCGCCGCUUUUCCAACAUUCUAUCGUACAGCCCACGAAGCCCACCGGACCAGAGUUCCCCCGAGUCCAGUAAACUUGCUGGCAACACGGCUCGCCUAAAAAAGAUAGCCGCCAGUGACGAAGAUCUGUAUAAACGUGCCACCUCCAAGCAUCUUACCCACCGAAACAGCCACGAUCAGGAUAAAUCCCGCCAACCGAGUCCCAAAGAUGACGAUCUGUAUUCCCGCAUUGGAAAGCUUCGUAAAUCCGCCACCGCUUCCAGUGCACUUUGUUCGAAAAUCGAAGAAGGUUUCCCACUGGACAGUUUCAAGUUCCUUCCGGAAACGCGAUACAGACCGCCCACUGGCAGCCGACAGGAUCGGUUUCUAGUGCCCCAACCGGGUGCCAUUUUUAAGUCCAACUCGUUGGACAUGCUAGCGCCGUCAAAGUUCGCCAAAAAUCCCCGAUGGCACAAGCAGCAAGCACCGGUGCGUAAGCUGUCCCCGCUCGUGAUGCCUCGGAAAUCGAGCGGCUCGACACCAUCACCCCAGCAGAAGAGCACCCGACGGAUGUCGGAGUUCACCCGGGGCGAGUUCCUGAACGAAAAACUAUGGUACUUCCGGAAGAUCAAAAGAAUAGAGGCGGAGAAAAAACUGCUGCUGCCGGAAAACGAGCACGGAGCGUUCUUAAUCCGUGACUCCGAAAGCCGCCAUAAUGACUACUCGCUGUCGGUACGGGAUGGCGACACCGUAAAACACUACAGAAUCCGACAGCUGGAUGAAGGUGGUUUCUUCAUCGCCCGGCGAACCACCUUCCGCACCCUACAGGAACUGGUCGAACAUUACAGCAAGGACUCCGACGGUCUGUGUGUGAAUCUCUGCAAACCCUGCGUUCAGAUCGAGAAACCGGUCACCGAUGGCCUGUCGCACCGCACCAGGGACCAGUGGGAAAUCGACCGAACGUCGCUCAAGUUUGUCCGUAAGCUGGGUUCCGGCCAGUUCGGUGACGUGUGGGAGGGACUGUGGAACAACACGACGCCGGUCGCCAUCAAAACGCUCAAAUCAGGCACGAUGGACCCGAAAGAUUUCCUCGCCGAAGCUCAAAUCAUGAAGAAACUUCGCCACAGCAAGCUAAUCCAGCUGUACGCCGUAUGUACCCUGGAAGAACCCAUCUACAUCAUCACUGAGCUGAUGAAGCAUGGUUCCCUGCUGGAAUUCUUACAAGGUAAGGGCAGAAACCUAAAGCUUCCCCAGUUGAUCGACAUGGCUGCCCAAAUCGCCGCCGGUAUGGCGUAUCUGGAGUCGCAAAACUACAUUCAUCGUGAUUUAGCCGCCCGGAAUGUGCUUGUCGGCGAUAACAACAUCGUUAAGAUUGCCGAUUUCGGUCUAGCGAGAUUAAUCAAGGAAGAUGAAUAUGAAGCGCGAGUGGGUGCUCGAUUCCCGAUCAAGUGGACUGCACCGGAGGCUGCUAAUUAUAGCAAAUUUUCGAUUAAAUCGGACGUGUGGAGUUUUGGCAUCCUGUUGACCGAGUUGGUCACCUACGGAAGAAUACCAUAUCCCGGUAUGACAAACGCUGAAGUGCUAACCCAGGUAGAGCACGGGUACCGAAUGCCUCAGCCUCCGAACUGCAAUGCCACCCUUUACGAAAUCAUGCUCGAGUGCUGGAAUAAGGACCCAAUGCGACGGCCCACAUUCGAGACCCUGCAGUGGAAACUAGAAGACUUCUUCACAAUGGACCCAAGUGAAUACAAAGAGGCAGCACCAUUCUGAUAAAUAGCGGAUGAUUGCGCACUCGGUUCUGCUCCUAGCACCGCUAACACUGCUACAAACUCUGCUACGGCAAUUGCUACUAUUACUGCUGCUACAACAAACGUUUCCAAAGCUGAUGGAAAAACUCGCGACAACCGUCGGCAAGCACGUUCACGCCGCCAGGUACUGCUAUUUAUUUAGAGAUUCUGCUUCUUCAACUGACUACAUAACUAUUCGACCCAAUUGCAAAUCAACAUACAAUUACGCAUGAAAGUGUAAAAGAUUUCCCAGGUCACCGCAUCCACCUGUGCUUGCAUUCAUUUAGAAAUACAUUAACAAGACGCAAAUUAGGAGUAACGAUAGUAUAUCUCUUUUUUUUUGUCAGGCUAUUUAUUAGCGAACCCUUUUUACCACCUCAAAACCGAAAUCUGUAGCGUUUUUCCUAGUCUGAUUUUCUUUGCAUUGUGACGCCUUCGCAUAGAAAAUUUAGCUUGAUACAUCACUCGAUUGAAAUAUACAAUUCAUUCCUUAAAAAAAUCAAACCGAAUCGUAAUAGAACAAUCAUAAGUUUAAAAUCACCACGCCUAACGAGGGUUGAUAAAUUCGCUAGAAUCGGAAACACUCAGCAAACGUGUUGAAUUAUGAUAGUUGUGCGGUUGAAUAAGCGAUUAUGUGUUUUUGUUAAUAGUAACGAAUACAGCCUAUCGAUUCGCUGUGUUUCUGUUAGAUUUUAGUAAUGCGUUUUGUCUUUAUCCCGGGAUCUAAAUACUACUGAAUGCGCGGUAUUAUCCUUUAACUAUAAGUCUUUUCAGUAGUACGCAAGAAAAAUCGCAGAAUCGUUGCUUAGUAGGUACGUACUGUGACGACAUUUUUGACCGACCAAUUAACGUUAGACUAUCACGCACACAUACACACUUACGAAAGCGGGAUAACACUACAGACCAUCAUUAUUGAAGUAUGCAGCGGGGGAGUUAGGAAGUUUUUCUGCAGUACGUGCAAAUUGUUAGAUCUCUGUUUUCGCUCUAAAAGUUGACUGUCAGCACAUUGGAUUUCGCAUUACAUAUCGCAUUUUAAAUUCGAAAGAUGCCAUUCGCCUUGAAUAUUGGUCAUUCUGUCAGUGAUUGAACACAAAUCUGAAAUGAUUAACACUUUUGUUAAAAACAUACUGCCGUCAACAAAAUGUUAGAGCUAGUAACUGAUAUUCAUGGUGAAUCACAGAGUCUCUGUCUUGAAUCUGACCUCUUCAGCGUCUUCUGGCACAUUAACUCAGUUUGCCUAAAUCUUCUGAACAUAAUAACUCUCACAAUUGUAAAUAAUAUCGAGCACUAAGCCAACAGAUAAAACUUCAAACAAUGAACACAAUAUAAAGUUUAAGCUACAAAGACACUCGUAAUUAGCAACAUUAUAAUGGACAACAAUAGCGGGAUGCGUAUGAUAUGUUUCGAAGGGAAGUAAUACAGACAUAAAUAAAUUAUUUUCCAGUACAGUAUAGUGAAGGAAAGUGGAUCGCUUAUUGCUGAGCUAGAGACAAUUCCGGGAUGAAAUCCUAUCCUGCUUUAUUUCUUUGCACGCCCAGUUCGAGUAUUGCUGCCUCAAGCUUCGAAUUAUUAGUAUGUAUAUCAUAUAUAUGACACAUACUUGCUAAACAGACUGAAUCGAAAUAUUUCAAAAUAAUUGUUUGCUGGGCAUAGUUAUCCUUCGCACAUGUUGGUUUAAUUUUUUCAUCUCGUUAAGCUUUGCACCGCACAUAUUACGAAAAAAUGUACAUUUCGCACUGUCUAGAUCAAAUUUUAUACUUUCCCAAUUCGUUAUUUUCAUUCGAAUUUUCGCGCUGCUUUGUUCUGCACCGCCAAUGGCAAACCCAAUAGAGUUAAUUAGGAUCCACCUGAGGGUGAAGCGAUUGUAUUGAACUGUACAAUUCCUCACGAAAACAGGACCCAAAGUAACCGUCUGUAUAUUUACUUCACAAAACGAUUGCAAAAAAAAAAACAACUGCUUCAAGAAUUCUAUGGGUUAGUAAAAUGCGUAAGGUCUCAAUAUUUCAAAUUAUGUGCCCAAACUUAAUCCGUAAACGCUAUAACAUAAUGCACUCGAAAGUAUUUUUCCAUUAAAAUGUGACGCAAACAGCUUAUAAAUUUGUAAGGAAAAGUGGAAAUACAUAAUGCUAUUAUAGGGUAAAUUUUGUCUGAAAUCGCACACUGACUCGAGCAAAAAUUUCAACUGUAUAAUUCGAAUAAAAUUUUCUCAACUUGAAACUACACACCGAGUUUCUGCUAAUGUUCGUCUGAUGGAAAACAAAAAACAAACUGAAUAGAUAACACAUUUUCAAGCAUCGCAUCACCUAUUCGUCGCGACAAAAAAGGACACUAUUUUACGAGAAAGAAAAACGGAGAGGUGCACCACCGCUUGACCGUAUGUUUCAUGAUAUUUUCAAUUGUAAAUGUUGAUAAUUAGAGCUAUAAGUAAGAAUACUAAACUAUAUAACAAACAAAAUCAAUGAUGGUCGAAUGAUCACUCACACGAAACAAAAAAUAUAUGGAAAAGUUUUAUAAAUAAUA